UUUUGCAUCAAUGAGAAAGAUAAAUAUCUGUAAACGUGUGGUGAAAGAUGCAUUCGGAUCAUUGAAAUUUAAAUAUAGAAUAUGAUCAUAUGUUCGCGAUUGCGUAUUUUGACGUAUUGACAUAGUACAUUUUUUACGGAAACUGAAUUUAUCAAAAUAUUUUAUCAAUUUUGCGUACGAUGCUGUAAAGUUUUGUGUUAAACCUUGCCGGUAGAUUUUUGAAAUAUUUUUUGUUUCUUCUAGCAGACUGGGCUCAAUUUACAUGAAAAUAUUCUGUCAUUUGUCAUCUGAAGUAAUCCAGAAAUAAUAAUAAAAUUGGAAAAUGCCAAUAUAGAGCUUUUCCGAUUUUAAUUGGAAGUUUUCGGCAGUCAUAUUACAAUGGGUGAUAUAGUUCUUAUUUUCUUAGCUAUUACAGUAGAUAGUUAAUGUAUAUUUAAACACUAGAAACAUGAGUGAAAGGAAGUUUGCCAGGGGUUUGGGAAAACCAGGAACAGCGGCUCAGUUAAGGGAAACUGUGUCUCAAGUCGUUAGGGAAAAUACUGUUAAUAGUAAACCAAAUUUAGUGGACCCCUUAGAUUUUGAACAGUUUUUAAUUAAACACAAAACUGUUUUGCAAAAUGAUCCUCAAAGGGAAUUAUUGCUGUAUCCGCCAGAUGAUAUUUCUCAAGUCGUUUUACCAAGGCGCAAUAGAACAUUACUAUCUACCAUACCACCAGAAGUUGAAGUGGAAAACUGCAAUCUCUUUACGAAACAGUGCAUCAGUAACUAUUCUACAAAUUGGCAGUUGGUUCAAUUUAGAUAUGCCCCGUAUUCCGGUACUUAUGCGGAGUUGCCAAAAAUUCCAAAUAUUCUGAAUAAUCUGAAAGAAGAUCUUUACGAAGUCGAUACUGAUGAAGAUUCGGGUGAUAAUAAAUCCCACAGUGAUAAUAUUACGAAAGAGGGAUGGCUUAUGAAGGGACCUGAAAUAGGAUCUGAGAGAGGUUUUGUAAAUAUAGGAUCAAAAAGUUUUAAAAGACGAUACUGUUAUUUAAGACAGGAAGUAGACGGGACCUACAUUUUAGAAAUGUACAAAGACGAGAAAAAAGGCGAAGCAAAAGCAACGAUUGUGAUGGAUUUUUGUACUGAUGUGGUUAAGAACUUAAAAAGAGGACGAUUUUGUUUUGAGUUGAGAAUGACUGCCGGACACAAGUCCUAUGUUCUUGCAGCUGAGAACGAUGCAGACUUCAAGGAUUGGUUAACGAAAUUAAUUUCUGUAUUGCAGCAGUACAAAAUACAAGAAGAAAAACGGGCGGCAUCGCUAGAAAGGGAACGAAACACGCCCCCUCCUUCGCCUCAAACUCAGUCCUUUGGAACCCUCAAAGGCCUGGAACAGAGCAUGAACCCUCAACUGAUGAAAUACGCGAAAGAAACCGAUAUCAGUAUAGCCUUAUCGAGAAAGGAAUCUCGCCAUAAACUCUUCCUUCUCUACCCGCCCCUAUCUAUGAACUUAAAGUCGCAAAAUUCUAGUCAGGAUCAAAUAGAACCGUUCAGGGAGAUAUUCGGCAACAGGGUAUUUCUCAAGUGUGAACAUAUUAGGUUAAAAUUACAGGUGGUCGACGAGAAGGAGAAUCUGUGCCAGGUCGAACCCUACUACACUUCCUUGUGCCUGUUCGACGUGAAAAACGGACGAAAAUUGACUGAAAACUUUUAUUUCGAUGUAAAUAGCGAUAGCAUUCGCACCACGUUCAACAGUAGUAGUCAAUCGAAUAGUAGUUGUUAUAACGGAACCUCGCACGUAAAAUUAGACGUUUUACAAAAAGUCUCAUCAGAAUGGCUGUUAUAUCCCAGACAAGCUCUUUUGAGCAUCACCAAUCCCCAUCCGGACAUAUUUCUGUUUGUUAGAAUAGAGAAAGUGCUGCAGGGCGGUAUCAAUCAGAGUUCCGAUCCGUACGUCAAGGCGAACAAGGAUUUUAAGAUCGGACUGAAGUGCUACAAGAAUAUCGCCACUUGUUGCCAAAGACUGGGAAAGUACAGGAUGCCUUUCGCGUGGACUGCCCGACCGUUGUAUAGGUUGUAUAGUAACGAAUUAGAUACGAUAUCAGAUUUCCAUGCAUUAUAUAGGCAAGAAAGUAGCAAAAUGACAGACGAAGAGGUACUAAAGAUCCUAACCGAUUAUAGAAAACCUGACAAAUUUAAUAAAUUUACUGUGAUUCCAGGAUCUUUAGAAAUUAAAAUAUCAGCGUUUAACGAUUUACCUCCUAACUGCCUCACUACCUCCUUAUCACCACUGAAACCGUUUCCACUACCGCCCACAAACGAACCCACUUUGGAAGUGACCGAAUUCGAGGGUAAAUUCGAAAAAGACGUCCACCCCUACGCAUCCUACGUCAACCACUUGUACGUGUACCCGCUUAGUUUAAAUUUCGACACGCAGAAAGUAUUUGCUCGAGCUAGAAACAUCGCUUGUACGGUAGAAUUAAGGGAUAGCGACAACGAAGAGGCCAAAGGAAUACCGUGUAUAUAUGGUCGUCCAGGUCAACCGCUUCUAGUACCGCAAAUAUCCUGCGCAGUACUCCAUCACAGCACGAUACCCACCUGGUAUGAGGAGAUCAAAAUCCGUCUUCCAACCAAUAUACUCUACUCCCAUCACCUUUUGUUCACUUUCUAUCACAUAUCCUGUGAUAUAACGAAGAAACGAGACAACGGAAUCGAAAGUUGCGUGGGGUACGCGUGGCUGCCUUUGCUGCAAAAGGGCAAGUUGACCGUGGACACUCAGACCAUUCCUGUGGCGUCACAUUUGCCACCUGGAUACUUAGCAGUAUUACCUUUUGGUUUAGGGAAAGGGAACGCUGGACCUGAAAUAAACUGGGUCGACGCCCAAAAACCGAUUUUCACCGUAGGCUUCAGCUUGGCCUCAACCGUAAACACGAAGGACCAGCAUCUUUUUAAUUUAUUCCUACACGCCGAACGACUUCUCGAUCCCAAACCCACUGCCGUUCCAUCCGAGUCGGAAACCUGCAAAAUUCUAAAAGCCCUGCACGCCAUCCAUCUGACCACGUUGAUAACCUUCCUACCGACCCUCUUCAAUCAGUUAUUCGUACUGCUAGUAGCGACGAAUAGCGAAGAAAUAGGUAUUAAUAUCAUAAGAGUGAUGAUUAAUCUGGUCAAUAUGCUUUGCGAGGCGAACAGGAAGGAUAUUUUAAGCGUCUAUGUAAAGUACAAUUUUGUCUCGCCGGAUACUAAGAAGAGCACCACUGUGCAUGAGGAGAUGGCGAGGCAUCUGCCGUCAAUAUUGGAUCCGAACAAUCCGGAUUUUUUGGUUGUGAACAAGUUCCUGCAUCAUUCGGAUUUUUUCUUUGAAAUUAUGACGAAGAGUAUGACGCAGCAUCUUCUGGCGACGGGAAGAAUAAAAAUGCAUAGACACGAAAGAUUUUCCGCCGACUAUUGUGGUCAAUUAGAGAACCUUAGUCAAAUUCUCAUAUCGUAUAUUUUAAACAAAUAUAAAGAUAUGAUCCUAGAAACUAAAGAACUGAACAAAAACCUAGCCAAUUUUUUUAAGAGGUGUAUGUCUUUAAUAGAUAGAGGAUUCGUUUUUAAACUAAUCAAGUACUACAUGGACAAAUUCCAUCCCGGCGACCCCCGAGUCUUACAAGAACACAAAUUUUCCUUUUUGGAAGUCAUAUGUAAUCACGAACAUUUCGUAUCAUUCAACCUUCCCAUUCAGCAAUCCAAACUGAGUCCCAGAAAUCGUUCUCCGGAUCCUAUGGACGAACUAACACUAUCGGAAGAUUUCUGUAAACACCACUUUCUCGUAGCUUUACUGUUGCAGGAAAUCAAGACGUCGCUCAACGAGGUUACCUACGUCAGAAGGAUAGCACUAGGUUGUCUCAGGAACCUCAUCGCCAAACACGAGCUAGACGAUCGGUUUCAGAACAAGGGUCAGAUGGGCAGGAUAGCGCUGAUUUACCUGCCUUGGUUAGUGAUAGCGAUAGAGAAUAUUAACAGGCUGGCUGUGGAAGAACAGCCAGAGGAAGGGGGCGGGGACAGUGUGAUCAACAGGAUGUCGUCGAGCAGUUCGUAUUUGUUCGGGAAAAGUUCGGCUAGCGAGUGUACGCCGCGGAGUCAUAGGUUCACCCUGCAUUUGGAUAAGGAUAGCCCGAUGCACAUAAGAAAUUCUGCGUUUCUUGAUGCUAUUGCGGGCCAGUCUUUAGUAAAUGGAAAUUCUCUAAGCAUCGACUCCGACAUAUCCGCACUCUCAGGCGACGACAAAUCUACGAUAUCUCAGGAUACAACAAUUAUUCGAGAAGACGUACUAAAAAACACAAAUGGAGACCAUUUUAAAUCCCACGAUCGUAGCAUCUCUAGUCACAUGACAAGAUACGACAAACUACAACCUCAAGAAGUUAAGGACGUCCUCCUCAUAUUUUUGUUUGUCGUCAAAUACUUGAACGACGAACAGCUAAUACUGUGGUGGCAGUCAUUUCCAGAGUCAGACGUGGUGAGCUUUUUCAGCAUUUUGGAAGUGUGCCUGCAUUUCUUCAAAUACGUGGGAAAAAGAAAUAUCACUGUGGUAAAGGUACAAGAGACUGAAAAUAUCAAAACGAAGUCUAAGAAGGCUCAUACGCUGCCGGCUAGAAUGAAUCCAUCGGAGAUUAAUCACGAGAAUACCAGUACGCUUGUUAUACAUACGACUAGGGAAAAUUUAGCUAGCGGAGAUAACGAAAUUCAUAAAAAACAACAAGCUAUCCUGGAACAACAUAUGGCGUCUGAAGUAGGUCUGAUUGCUUUGGAUUGCAUUGGUCUUUACUCGAUGCAAUUUAAAAAGAAACUGAUGGCUGGAGGUGGAGAUAGUGAAGUAAUGAAGAAAAUCUUUGAUAUAUUUCUCUCGAUGAUACAAAUAGGACAGAGCGAAAGUCUGUUUAAACACGUUUUUGCAGCGUUGCGAGCUUUUAUUAAUAAUUAUUCAGCUGUACUCUUCCAGGGCAAUGCAAUUUUAUGUGGUAAACUCUGUUAUGAGCUCCUCAAAUGCUGCAACAGCAGAAUAUCAUCGAUCAGACAGGAAUCAUGUGCUCUUCUCUAUCUCUUAAUGAGGAGUAAUUUUGAAUUUACUAAUCGCAAAGGUUUGACCAGGGUACACCUUCAAGUCAUCAUAUCCGUUUCGCAGAUGUUGGGCAAUAUUAUUGGUUUAAAUAACGCUAGAUUUCAAGAAAGUUUGUCAUUGAUUAACAGUUACGCUUCUAGCGACAAAGCAAUGAAGGGUACAGGUUUUCCAACAGAGGUAAAGGACCUUACUAGAAGGAUAAGAACUGUUCUAAUGGCAACUGUUCAAAUGAGGGAGCACCAUCAAGAUCCAGAGAUGCUGGUAGAUCUGCAACACAGUCUCGCCAAUUCUUACGCUUCUACACCAGAAUUGAGGCAUACAUGGUUGGAAACUAUGACAAGGAACCACGUUAGAGAUGGGAAUUUCUCAGAAGCUGCCUGUUGUCAGCUUCAUAUCGCAGCUCUAAUGGCGGAAUACCUCAAACUAAAACGCACUCAAUCCUGGGGAGCAGAAGCGUUCGAAAAAAUCUCUUCAAACAUUCCCAAGGACGAGAAAGGUCUCAAAUUGGACACCGGCGUACAAGACAUCCAAUACACCGAAUUUAUUCUGCUGGAACAGUUAGAAACUUGCGCGGAAUUCAUCCAGAAAGCCGAAAGAUACGAAAUUCUUGGCGAACUCUUCAAGUUGGUCGUUCCGAUGUACGAGAAAAAGCGAAACUACGAACAGCUGAAAAAAUGUUAUCAGAACUUGGCCGACAACUACGACAAAGUUAUCGAAGUGAAUAAAAGCGGUAAAAGACUGCUCGGUCGAUAUUACAGGGUCGGGUUUUACGGCCAAUCGUACUUCGAAGAAGAAAACGGUAAAGAGUACGUUUAUAAAGAACCCAAAGUUACAUCUCUGAGCGAAAUAUCCGAACGACUGGAGAGACAGUAUAUAGAAAAAUUCGGACCGGACACGGUUAAGAUGAUCCAGGAUUCGACGCCGGUGGUACAGAGCAACUUGGACCCGAAGUACGCCUACAUUCAAGUGACUCACGUGAUACCGUACAUGGAGAAGAGCGCUCUCGAAGACAGGCAAACCGAAUUCGAGCAGAAUCAUAACGUGUUCACUUUCAUGUACGAGACGCCGUUCACAAAGGACGGGAAGGCUAGGGGAAGUCCGGAAGAGCAGUGGAAAAGAAGAACGAUAAUUAAAACUACUUAUUCGUUCCCCUACGUAAAGAAGAAAAUUCCAGUCGAUUCCCGUAAAAUUAUUGAGUUGAACCCGAUAGAAGUGGCAAUAGAUGAAAUGCAAGGCAAGGUCGCCGAACUGGAAGAUGUCGUGUUCACGCAACCUACGGAUGCGAAGAAACUCCAGCUAAGGUUGCAAGGCAGCGUCUGCGUUCAAGUGAAUGCCGGUCCACUAGCUUACGCCAACGCCUUCUUAGAUCCUACCACGUCCAGUAUAUACUCGGAGGAACGGGUGGAGGAGUUGAAAGACAUAUAUAGAGAAUUUCUGAAGAUUUGCUAUUCGGCACUUCAAAUAAACGGAAGGUUGAUUUCUCAAGACCAACAAGAGUAUCAAGAGGUAUUGAGACAGAACUACAAAAAGCUAUGUUCGUCUUUAUCGUCUCUCUUUGGGGAGUCUCUCUGGCCCCACGACGAGAUGGGCAGUUUUAAACGUAACAGUAUGGCUCUCUUUAGCCCAGUAAGUGGAGCGUUACAAAAUUCCAGCACCGCUUAAACGGGCAAGUAUCGAAUGGUAUUAAAUUGUUGCGUAGGUUUUCAUUUCUGUGAUGAAGAAUUUUUGACAGAAAAUACAGACAAUGUAUUAUUUGUAGUUUAACGAAGGUUUUUGUACUGAAUUUUAAAUGGUCAAGUUCUUUAGUUUUUCUGUGUUUGUUUAAUGUAGUUGUAAUCAUUAAGACUGUUUUACAUGCUGCAAGACGGUGCAACUUGCAAAAAAUGUAUCCCAAAAACAUGCGCCGUUGUGGCCCAGCUGAUUAAUAUCUGCAACUGCCUUGCACUUGCAACUUAUCAGUUGUUGCUCGAUAUUUCUGUCACUGAAAGUGCAAGGCUGGGGGAAAAUAUAGCAAUUUUUGUUUUUCCAAGGCAAAUAAAUGUCACUAGACUGACAAGUUUGACAGUUCGUCUUGCAGGAAAUCUUGCAGUAUGUAAAACGGCUUUAGAAUCAAAUAAUUUAAUUUCUAACUCUUUGUAAUUUACCAGGAGCUUGGUUCUAAAUUUUCUGAAUAUCGAAAAUUUGUAUUUUUAAUUUUGUACUGCUGUUACGCUUCCUAGUGGUAUGAAGGUUGCUUCGUAUUUGAAAAUAAUUUACAGUGACUUUUCUUGGGAUAAUAUCGAUUUCGAUAGUCCAAAACAUUUAGAAUCCGGACCCUAGUCGUGAAACUGCUUUUUUUACAAUUCUGCUCUACUUUAGUUACUGAUUAUUUAAGAAAAUCUGUUGAUAAGAUAAGUUCUGAUAAAGUGACAACUUAUAAUAGUGUAUAUUAUGAAAUGCCAAACUAAUUGUAUUGUGUAUAUUAUUUGUAUUCAAUAAAAUUACUAUAAAUGUUAAUUUUUAAUUGUAAUACAUAUAGAUAUCUCAGAAUAACUAUAAUUUUUGACAGAAAGGCCACCGUUCUUAGCUGUCAAAGUCUAAAAAAAAUCGUUGAUAAUACACCACUAAAGUAGAGCAAAAUUAUAAUGAUGUUAUAAUGAAAAUGUUAUAUUUCAAAGCUUUUUCAUUAUAAUUGACUGUUAAAAAUGUUAAAUAUAAUUACCCAAAAAUAUGUUUUCCUGUCCUCGUUCAAAGCACACUUGAUCAUAUUCUAUUUGUAAUAAUUAUAAAAUACACAACAAAUACAGAAUUAUUUAGAACUAGUGAAAUAAAAAUCUAUGCACUUGUUAUUAUACAUAUUUAGUUUUUGAUUCUCUUCAAAAUAACGGAAGCUGUUAAUUUUUAAAAACAAAUUUCUUUAUAGUCAUUUUUUUCGAAAAAAUUGCCAUUUAUAUAGUUACUUUUGUUUAAAAUAUUUUAACGGUGUUAUUUAAUUUAUAGGUUUUUUAUUUCGUAUUGUUUAAGUUGUAGGUAUAUUAUUAAAUUUUCUACAACCACUCAAAUUGAAAUGGUGAUAUUUAUGUUAAAAAAUUAAUGGUUGUAGCGUAUAUUUUCUAGUAAACGUUGUCAAUAAUUCUAUUAAAUCUUAUUAACUCUAUUCUGUAUAGUAUAAUAUACAGGGUGUGUCAAAAAACAUGUGUCAUCUUUCGUUGGGAGAUUUUCCGAGGUUCGAUUCUGCUUUAAGGGGUUUAGAGUUUUUUUCCAUUUAUUAUCAUUUCUAAGCAUCUGUAGGGAUUUGAAAGACAUUUGGAGGGUGAACUUUAAGUAUUGCAUAACUUAAUGCUAAAAAAGUUACGAAACAAAGCAGAAUCAGACAUAUAUUGAUAUGAAAAAUAAAUCGUAUUGUUACUUGAGAAAUCUCCCGACGAGAGAUGGCACAUGUUUUUUGACAUACCCUGUAUGUAUUUGUUUAUUGUAAUAAUUGACGAGUACUGUAUAAAUUAAUUUAAAACAUUUAAAGCCAAAGGAUUAUAUUUACUUCUGACAUUUUUAUAAGUUAACUAUUACUAAAAUAUGAAUUUAUCAAGUUACAAUUCGACGCCAUGUGUAUUAUGUAAGCACAAAACAUGCCAAUUUUUCUCUCUAACUUUUUAUAGUAUAUACAGUUUUUAGUUUGAUAUUAUAACGGGCUCUCUAGGUAUAUUAAAUUUUAGCAAAAGCCCAAGCUCAUGAUAUAUUAAAUAAUGUACUUUAAUUAUAUACAGGUCAGUAAUAGCACAGUGUUGAGAUGUAAGAUCUUUAUACUGUUCUUCAUAGUCUCAGUAUAAAGUGCCAGUGUAUUAUGACUUGCUAAAGUACACUAGGAAGUACGUUCGUGGCAGAAUCAAAAAUAACUAAUGGUAGUCCGUUUGCUAGUCAAAUAUUUAUCUAGUGAUCAUAUAUUUAGUUAAAUUUACUGUAUUAUUAAAACAAAAUUUAUCGUUUUACUUAAUUUUUGUCAUCCUACUAUAUUUUUUUCUGUAAAAUAUAAAUGAUCUUUUAUAACAAAUAAUUUCUUCGUGUAUGCGAUUUAAUAUUACACAAUUUAUAAUUAUCUUUAAUUCUCCUGUUCCGUACUACAUACUAUACAGGGUGGCGCACCUCAUUCGCCUCGGUUGAUUAUACGAAAACGGAAAGAUGUAGAAACAAAAUAUUUUAUGGGUAUAUGUGGGGAGGCAA